AUGGACCAUUUGACCGGGAUCGUCAAGAGCCUGAACAUGGACGGCCGCAGACUGCAGCAGGACCUCACAGCCGCUCUGUGCAUUUCUGCUGCUGUUGCAGCACUACUGCUCCUCGUUCGCUCGUGUGCUACUCGAGAACAACAAAGCCAAUCCUGGCUGAAGCUGCGAGCACGCUCUCAUGAUCCCGAGAAGAGUGACGAUACUGGGCGCUUCGCAGACCAGCAUCUCCAAGCAGCCAGUCGUCCGCCAGGCACAUGGGAGCCAUCCUCGUUCAAACGCCCUCCAGCAACUCCUUAUCACGACUGGUCUUUGACCGACACCAAGCCGCUCCCAUACCGUCCCUUUCGCUUGGGCCCAAAGUACCCCAUAACAAUGGGCCUCCGCAGCAUGCAAUGGGACGAUUGGAUCGAACUCGACUCCGACUACCUCACCUACCACGCCACUAAAGCCCGCCGCAUCGCCGAGCGAGGCCAACGCUGCUGCCGAACAGACCCCGACCCUCGGGUCCGCGACGGCGCAGUUGAACUGCUCGAAGAACUCUCCUCUUACCUCCCCGAACGCUACCCGUCCAUGUUCACCAAGACAGCCGUCGGCGUCACCAACACCAUCACCAACGAAGCCUUCGACACGCGCGACCUGACCGUCAACGGCGUCCGCGAAGACCCCAUGCAACUCUCCGCCCGCCUGAUCCAAGACGACCUAGCCAUCAUGUACGAACGCCUGGACGGACAGUACUACCUCCUCGCCGGCGCCAUCCUCUUACCCGGCUUCUGGCGCCUCGAAGACAAGUUCGGCAUGACGCUCUCCGAAAUCCACACUAGCGGGGAUGUACCGCAGUUCGAGGAGAAGUUGGAAAAAGGCAUGCGUAACUUCUUUCGUCGCGUGACGCCCGAGAAACCGGUGGUGAGGAAUAACUAUUUCCUCCAGAUGGACGGGGACUUGGCGUGGUCGAGCAGUAUCGGGUCUGAAGACAACGAGGGAGCGGGCUGGGGGACGGCGGAGGUGGGGACGGGAGUGGAGGGGUUGCAUUUGAGGUGUGAGAGGCAGAGUUUGAGGAGGUUGCCGAGGAGUGGUGGGGUGGUGUUUACGAUCCGGACGUACUUCUGUCCGAUCGUGGAGAUGGCGGAGGAGAAGGGCGUGCCGGGGAGGUUAGCGAGUGCGGUGAGGAGCUGGGGAGAGGAUGUUGGUGGGUACAAGGGGAGGGAAAAGUAUGAGAAGGUGUUGUUGGAGUACUUGGAUCGGAGGCAUGAGGAGCAGGUUGCGGAUGGGUUAAAUGUAGAGGGUGAGGAGGAUGCUAGGAGCUAUCCGUGGUAG